AUGAGGCAUGAGGUCUUGGAUGUAGGAUGUGGAAUUGGGGGGGGCCUUAAGGGAAAUAGCCAGAUUCAGCUCAACAGAUAUAACUGGACUGAACAACAACGCUUACCAGAUAUCAAGGGGCAAGGUUUGGUUAUUCUGACUUAUUCUUCAAGAAGUACAAUAUUAAACUUGUUAGCAUAUAUACUUUUGCGUCAGAUGCAAUAUAGGCUAUUUGCAUUUCAGGAGCUCAAUUUUUCGGCCGGUUUGAGUGAGCAGUGCAACUUCAUAAAGAUUGUCUUGGCGAGGGAUCUUGCUGAGGACUCUCCAUGCCCAUGGUACUGGGACAUAGAUGCCCACCUUUUCUCAUGGAGCAGCUUCAGUUACUCUGGUGUCACAAAGUUCCUCAUGCGUGCAAUUGCUGGUACACUGGAGUUCCUCCGGAUUGCUCCGAAAGGCAGCAGUAAGCUUGUUAGCAUGCUGCAUACUGCAUCCAAUGAGCUCAUCAUAAGCUGUCGGGAACAGAUCUUUACAGUGACCUUCUUUGUCCUUGGCCGGAAACCUCACAAGGAAAGUGAUGUUUAA